ACUUGCACAUACUGACCUUAAACCAAUAAUCCAACACACAACCAGCGGUGUAUUUUAAAAACAUUUUACCUACUGGGUAUUCAAACUGAAGUACAAAACUAUACUCCCGGAGGACGCUGGUGGAGAGGCGAUAAGAAAACCUCAGAGAUCCCACCCGGCUGCAGCAGUCGGUGUGUGUGGAACACAAAAACAAACGCCCUCGAGGUAACGCGGGAAACGCCGCCGUGGUUCAGUGGUUCCCACCGAGGAGCAGCCGCCGCGCUAAUCCGCAUAUUGACAAACGCUACCGCAACCAGUGGGCAACCGAUGAGCCUCGGUACCGGUGUGAGUGGCUUCAGUGUGACCCGGGUGAGUGUAUCCGCACCAGGAAGUCCAGCCGCGGGCCGCGGUGAGUCCACGGCGCGUGAACCCGUCCGGAGGAGCCGUGCGUUACAUGUGGCUCCACGCACAGCUCGUGAACGAUUGUCUCCCUAGCCGCCGAGCGGUUGUUAGCUCCGACACAAAGAGAGGAGUCUCGCCGACACACUCCUCCGGACAUGGACGCCUUCCAGAAGGUGGAGAAGAUAGGGGAGGGGACGUACGGGGUGGUCUACAAGGCGAAGAACAAAGUCACCGGGGAAACUGUCGCCCUGAAGAAAAUCAGACUGGACACGGAAACCGAGGGUGUACCAAGCACUGCCAUCCGAGAGAUUUCCCUCCUCAAAGAACUAAGUCAUCCAAAUAUUGUCAAAUUGCGAGACGUCAUCCACACUGAGAACAAGCUCUACCUUGUUUUUGAGUUCCUUCAUCAGGAUUUAAAGAAGUUCAUGGACUCGUCCUCCUCAGUCACUGGCAUCCCACUGCCUCUGGUUAAGAGCUAUCUUUUCCAGCUGCUCCAAGGCCUGGCGUUCUGCCACUCUCACAGGGUCCUUCAUCGAGACCUGAAGCCACAGAACCUCCUCAUCAACGCUCAGGGGGAGAUCAAGCUCGCCGACUUUGGCUUAGCAAGAGCCUUCGGAGUACCUGUCCGCACAUACACACAUGAGGUGGUGACUCUUUGGUACAGAGCACCAGAAAUUCUCCUGGGCUGCAAAUACUACUCUACAGCUGUUGACAUUUGGAGUCUUGGCUGCAUCUUUGCUGAAAUGAUCACCAAGAGGGCCUUGUUCCCCGGCGACUCAGAGAUUGAUCAGCUAUUCCGAAUCUUCCGCACCCUGGGCACACCUGAUGAGACCGUCUGGCCGGGAGUCACAUCGAUGCCUGACUACAAACCAUCUUUCCCAAAGUGGGCCAGACAGGAUUUGUCCAAAGUGGUUCCUCUUCUUGAUGAGGAUGGGAGAGAACUGCUUGGAGAAAUGCUGAACUACGAUCCAAACAAAAGGUUAUCUGCCAAAAACGCCCUUGUACACAGAUUCUUCCGCGAUGUCACCAUGCCAGUUCCUCAUCUCAGACUCUGAGUUGAGCAAAAUAUGAGGCCAUUUCUAUGCCAACAAUAUUUAAGCAUCGGACCUCAGCCUCCUUUCAGGAUCAACAGUGGACACUACAGGAUGUGUUUAAUCCUUUAAUGGAUAUGUGAUGAUACAGAAAACAAGUUUUCUUGAACAUAAUGUCCUGAAGGUUUUUUCUGUGUUUUUGCUUUAAAUGUUCAACUGUAACUUUUAGUAUCAUACGUUUGCAGAUUAUGUGCAGCUGCCAUUUUCAAUGUAAAUGUUAUUUGUGAUUCGGAUGGUCAGGCACACACAUUCUGGUCACUAGCCAUUAAGUUUCCCAAUUGAAUUAUUAUAUUGGCUUUAGGAUGUCCGCAUUCAAAUAGCCAAGUAGUUAUGAUUAAACAUUAUUGCAUACGUUUGUGGGAAAGUGCAAAUAACAAAUGUUAUUCUUUGUAAGACUGAGCAGCAGCAGCUGCAUGAAUGAUGGAUUGGCGACUCCCAGCACAACUUGUCCACUGCAGACAUCCUCAGCUGAUGAACAGUUGGUGCUAAAAGAACAUUCUUUUUGACUGUGUUCUUCUAGUAUUGAUUAUUCUCACAGUUGAAUCCAAAAGCUUGGCCCAUAGUAUGUUGAAGUGACUUUUAAAAAAAAAGCACCUUUGAUUGUUUCUCAAAUAGAAAUGCCUAUGGUUUUCUGGCAGGUUCGCUUCCUUCUCAGCUUUGUACAUACAGUACAGUUGCGAUAUUCAAAUGUUCCCUGGUGUUAUUCAGAUUUUACAGAAUUUAAUAUGCUGUUGCAUUUUUCUUACUCUAGAUUUUAUCUGUUUAACUGUUUUUUAUUUACAGUUUGAAAAAAAUAAACUUGUUCAAAUAAC